AUGGAUGCAUGCUCAGAGUCUCGGCAGAGGAAAGAUGGCGCCUUCCACUUCCCUGUGUUCCACAGGAAGCACCCGUGUGUUGACGAAGACCCAUCGACGAUCCACGCAGCAAGCGUAUCAGACGCAGGCACCGUGAUUGGGAACGACAAGAUCCAUCAAGGCAAGUACUUCAUGGCCAUCAGGCUGGGCACCCCUGCCGUCUUCAACCUCGUCACCAUCGACACCGGCUCCACCCUCUCCUGGGUCAACUGCAAGAGGUGUCGGAUACGGUGCCACGAGCAGGCGCCCGAAGCUGGCCCCAAGCUGGACCCUCACCGCUCCGCCACGUACCGUCACGUCGGCUGCUCCGACGAGGACUGCCUCGACAUCCAGGCCGACAACGGCGUCCCCUACGGCUGCGUCGACGAGACGGACACCUGCCUCUACGGCCUGCGCUACGGGUCGCAGUACUCGGCGGGGAAGCUCGGGAGGGACAGGCUCGCCCUGGGCGACAACUACACCAUCGUCGACGACUUCGUCUUCGGGUGCAGCGAGGACGACAUGUUCUACGGCCUCGAGGCGGGCGUCAUCGGCCUCGGCGACAAGCGUUACUCCUUCUUCAACCAGAUGGCACGGCUGACGACCUACAACGCCUUCGCCUACUGCUUUCCCGGCGACCACCGCGCCGAGGGGGUUUCUCAUCGUCGGGCCGUACCCGCAGAAGCUGGAGCUCGUCACGACAUUGAUCAGGGGCCUCUGGAGGUCGACGGGCGCCAGAUCCUGGUGGUCGACUCUGGGACCGAUGACACCUUCGUCUCGUCCUCAGUUUUUUAUGCUCUCGCCGAGGCGAUAGCGUCGGCGAUGCAAGAUAAGGCGUAUUACCGUGAGUACGGUCGGAAGGUCUGCUUCAGGCCUGCCGGCGGCGAGCCGGUGAACUGGAGGAGCUUGCCGACGGUGCAGAUGCAGCUCCUAAGGGCUACGCUGGAACUGCCGCCGGAGAAUGUGUUCCAUCAGCAGUCAACUGAUCGCAUAUGUUUGGCGUUCCAGUCGAAUGACGCUGCUGGCGUGCCGGAUGUUCAGAUUCUAGGGAACAAAGCCCUGAGACCUUUCAGGGUUGUCUAUGAUCUGCAGAAGAUGACCUUUGGCUUCCAAGCCCGGGCGUGUUGA